AUGGCUGAACUACGAGAUCUGAAGAAGCAGGAGCGGAACCUUCGAAAGACAUUCGAUGCUAUUCAACACUUUCUGGAUACCUUCGACGCAGAAAGACACGCCAGUCAACUUGAUAUUCGUCUUCAGAGACUAGAUAUGACGUUUAGUGAGUUCCACGUGGUCCGUAGGAAAAUCGAGCUGCUAACGGAUAAUGUUUCAUACUUGUCUGAAGCAGAUACGAAGGAGUCGGAUGAAGAGCGUACAGAGCGACUAGAAACGUUGGCAGAAGCUAGAGAAGAUGAGAAUGUGCGUAUAAUGUUGGAUAUUGAGGAUCAGUAUUGUCAUUUGAAGAGUGAACUCGUACAUUGGAAGGCGGAUAUGUUCGGUAGUCCAACAGCUGGUCACUGUUCGACCUCGCAAGAUACGGCUGUUGGGUUUUCCAGAGUGAAGCUUCCAGAUAUUCGUUUGCCUACAUUCAGUGGCAAAAUUAAAGAAUGGGUCACUUUUCGCGACACGUUCAGGAGUCUGAUUCACGAAAAUCAUCAACUAACGACCAUGGAUAGAUUCACUUAUCUGAAGUCGUCACUCGCUGGAGAAGCCCUGCAGGAGAUAAGCGCGGUGGAAAUGUCAUCCGUUAAUUAUGAUGUGGCCUGGUGUAUGCUGGAAAAACGGUAUGAAAACACGAAGCUUAUCGUCAAAGCGCAUUUGGACUCUUUGUUUUCGGUGGAGGCUAUGAAAAGGGAAAACUACGAAACGCUGAACAAACUCAUCGGAGAUUUUGAAAAGAAUCUUUUAAUGUUGGACAAGAUGGGAGAAAACACAAGCAAUUGGAGCACCAUUCUAGUUCAUAUGAUCUGUUCACGCCUAGAUGCUUCUACACUACGCCACUGGGAAACGUAUCACAAUUCCAAGGAUGUGCCCAGUUAUGAAAAAUUGAUACAAUUUCUGCGAAAUCACUGUUCCGUUCUUCAAUCCAUUACUCCAGUACAAACAUCUUCGGUUAUAGAAGAGAGAACAAGAAUAGGCGUUAGUCAUUCCGUUGUUCAAUCCUAUGGCAAGUGUCAAUUCUGCGGUGAAGCCUUCCAUUCCGCCUUUCGCUGCACCAAGUUCUUAAGGAUGGAAGUCGCGGAGCGCAACGAAGCAGUUCGGAGAUUAAAACUGUGCCUAAACUGUCUAUCAUUAGGACAUCAAGCUCGUGUCUGCAAUAGAGGUUCGUGCCACCAUUGCCAAAGAAAACAUCAUUCGUUGCUGCACCCGGAAUCGUUACAGUCGUCUGUCCUGCAAUCACAAUCCUCCGUUCCACAAGCGCUGAACACACACGUAGUAGCCAAUCAGCAGCAACCACAGACACAACCUCCAACCCAAAGCCAACCAACCCACAGCAAUACAGCUCAAACAUCCACAAACUCUCUCCCUGUUACACAAUCGCAAAACAUGCACACUCAACCACUGCCCACCACAAAAAAUCUUGCUGUACAAGGGAUUGGUGGUGCCACCGCCAUUUCGCGGAAAUUUGUCCACGCUACCAUCCAUCCGCGAUUAUCGAAAAUAUCAUCGUUCAUUGGAGCCAUGAACUUUUACGUUCUUUCGGAGCUUACGACAACCCUGCCGACUCAAAAAAUCAACGUAUCUCAGUGGACUCUCCCAGCGGAUCUAAUUCUUGCAGACCCCCAGUUUUUUGAACCAGGACAGAUCGACAUGAUCAUCGGAGCCGAGCAUUUCUUCGAGUUGCUUUCGGAAGGUCGGUCGAACAUUUCAAUCGAUGGACCCAUACUUCAAAAUACAGUGUUCGGUUGGAUUAUUGCGGGACGAGUUUCACAUCAGUCGAGAAAUUUGCAACCAGUAGUGUCAUUAUCGUGUACAACGAUUGAUAUUCAUAAGUUGCUGACAAGAUUCUGGGAACUAGAGACGUGUCGAACAAACAGCACACAGUCAGUUGAGGAGACAGCGUGUGAGAGACUGUUCGAUCAGACUACUGCUCGCGACGACAGCGGAAAAUUCGUCGUGUCCUUGCCGAAGCGACAAUUCAUCGUUCAGCAGAUUGGUGAUUCGAAAACGAUUGCCAUGCGUCGAUUCGCUGGAUUAGAGAAGCGGUUCCAGUCGAAUCCUGAUUUGAUGUUAAGUUACGCUGAAUUUAUCCGCGAGUAUCAACGACUAGGUCACAUGAAGGAGGUUACGAGCGAAACCGACAAAUAUCCCGUGUUCUAUCUCCCCCAUCAUGCAGUAUUGAAGCCUGACAGCACAACGACUAAACUCCGAGUAGUGUUUGAUGGCUCUUGCAAGUCUUCAUCUGGAGUUUCGUUAAACGAUGCUUUAAUGGUCGGUCCUGUAGUUCAGGAAGAUCUGCUUUCAAUUAUUAUUCGCUUUCGGCUUCAUCCAAUCGCUGUCGUUGCCGAUGUCGAAAAAAUGUACCGAAUGGUGAUGGUACAACCGGCUGAUCAACAUCUUCAACGUAUUCUAUGGAGGGAUUCAGUUAGCGAACCAGUCCGUAUGUUUCAGUUGACGACCGUCACAUAUGGUACAGCAUCCGCUCCUUAUUUGGCCACCAAGUGCUUGCAGCGGUUGGCUAAAGAUGGAGUGGAAUCGUUUCCACGUGCGGCUCGUGCGCUGAAAGAAGAUUUCUAUAUCGACGAUAUGCUAUCGGGAGCAGACAACAUCGAAGACGGCAAGGAAUUGACAAGGGAGAUGAUUGAGCUAACGAAUUCCGGUGGUUUCACAUUGAGGAAGUGGAAUUCCAACUGUCCUGCGGUUUUGGCUGAUUUACCGCACUCUUUAUUGGAUGAUCGUGCGACUCUUGACUUGAAUUCGUCGAGUUCUCCAGUUAAAACGCUAGGUUUAUUAUGGCAACCUACUUCCGACAAAUUCCUUUUCCAUUCACCAGUUUGGAGUAAUGCCGCCGUGAUCACUAAACGAACGGUUCUUGCUGAUGCAGCUCGUUUGUUUGACCCACUUGGUUUGGUUGGACCAGUGGUUGUCAUAGCAAAAAUCUUUCUCCAAGAACUGUGGAAACAUCAAUGCGAUUGGGAUGACUCACUACCGGAAGAAAUGCAGUCCUUCUGGCAGGAAUAUAGGAGGAACCUCAUUGCCUUGUCAUCGCUGUCGGUUCCUCGGUGGGUGGCGUUUCGGGCAAAUUUGUUGUCGGUCGAGGUACAUGGCUUCUGCGACGCAUCCGAGAAGGCCUACGGUGCCUGUUUAUACGUGCGCUGUACGGCUCAAGAUGGCAAAGUGGAGGUUAGGUUGUUAGCAGCGAAGUCCAGAGUCGCACCACUAGAAGAUUUGAAACGAAAGAAGAAGAAACAGACUAUUCCUCGUCUCGAGUUAUCUUCCGCUCUGCUGCUUAGUCAUCUGUAUGAUAAAGUUUGUGACAGCAUCAAAAUUCAACAUACUGCGUACUUCUGGACCGAUUCAACGAUUGUGAUGUACUGGUUAGCGUCACUACCAUCCAGGUGGCAGAUGUUUGUGGCGAAUCGUGUGUCGGAGAUCCAGCACCUUACUAAGGGUAGUUCAUGGAAUCAUGUGGCAGGAGUUGAAAACCCUGCCGACAUUAUUUCGCGCGGAAUGACCCCGGCACAGCUGCAGUAUCAGAGAGUUUGGUUUGAUGGACCGUUGUGGAUGCUCCAAGAUCGCAGCACUUGGAAGGUAGAGACGCCAAAUGAAGAGAUUGACCAUUCAUUGUUGGAAGAGAAGUCGGUUGCACUGCCGGCGACGACAAAUCAACCUAGUGAUAUCUUUGCAUUACGAUCAUCGCUUUCCGACCUCAUUCGUAUAGUGGCACUCAUUCGUCGUUUCAUCCACAACAUCCAACAACAACGCGCAAACGGAAGCAGAAAAAAUGGAAGCCUUAGUCAUGGUGAACACGAACAGUCUAUGUUGGCUCUAGUUCGUCUCUCGCAGAAGGAAUCGUUUUCUGCCGAAAUUACCGCACUACAGAAAGGAAAACCAGUAUCAUCAUCUUCAGAAAUAAUCCAGAUCCAUCCCACUCUGGUUGAAGGUUUCUUGCGAGUUGGUGGCCGUCUGCGCCAUGCACCAGUAUCGACAUCCCGAAAACAUCCAUUCAUCCUCAGUCACCACCACCCACUCAGUAAACUCAUUCUAGUACAUUAUCAUCUGAAACAUUUUCACGCAGGCUCACAGCUCUUGAUUGCUAGUGUCCGCGAAAGAUAUUGGCUUACCCGCAUCAGACGUUUAACUAACACAGUUAUUCACGAAUGCGUGUCGUGUUUCCGCAGCAGACCGCGGGUAUUAGACCAGCUGAUGGCUGAUUUACCUUCUGAGCGAGUUACUCCUGCACCACCAUUUCUAAAAGUAGGUGUCGAUUAUUGCGGACCGUUUCAGGUAGUUUACUCCAUCCGACGAACUGCUCCAAGAAAAUAUUUUGUCUCGAUUUUCGUAUGUCUGGUAACAAAGGCUGUCCACCUAGAGCUUGUCGGAGACCUGACAAGUGCAGCCUUCCUCGCUGCUUUCAAGCGGUUCGUAGCUCGAAGAGGGAUACCUGCGUUGGUGAUGUGUGAUAAUGCUCUCAACUUCGUCGGCGCCAAACGUGAACUUGACGAGUUGUCUCAACUCUUCAACAACGAGCAAUUUCAGCAAACAAUAACACGAGAAGCCCAGCACGACGGAAUAGAGUUCCGAUUCAUCCCUCCAAGAUCGCCAAACUUUGGCGGUCUUUGGGAAGCGGCAGUGAAAUCCUUCAAGGGGCAUUUCAAGCGCACAAUCGGUAAUCGAAUUCUUCAGCACGACGAGAUGCAGACCGUAGUGGCACAGAUCGAGGCAAUCCUUAACUCUCGGCCACUAACUCCAAUCAGUAACGACACAUCAGAUUUCGAAGCUCUGACUCCCGGUCACUUCUUGAUCCAACGACCGUUAACAGCAGUUCCCGAACCGAGCCUGGAGGAUAUCCCGGACAACAGAUUAACUAUUUAG